GGGACAGACACAGGGACAGGAGUGGAGGGAACAGAGAUGACCACAGUCGCACCCGGUGCUCAGCACGAGGUGACAGGUGAGAUGAUGAUGUUGAGGUCUCAGGAGUUACAGGCGGGUGUUUUGAUACUAGUCUUGGGAUAACAAUAUUAUUAGGGGAUACUUUUUUUCUCUAUUAAAUUGCUUUUCUUUUGCUGUAGCCUAAAUGCUUUAAAUUUAAAUUAAAUAUGUCUGUAUUGAUUAAAGUAUCGGUAUGUUUGUGACUAGAGCAUGUUACUAUAACUCACCUGACACAGGGAGUGUUUAGCAAAUGUUUGGAUGUCUUGAUGUUAAAGGUGUGUGAGUUAUCUCUUAACAUAAGCUGUGUUUGUCCAUGGGGCAGAUCUGACUCUGCAUGCAUUUACAUAUCUUAUGAAAGAAAAAACACUAGCUCAUUGCGUGCUGUGUGCAUAUAGUCUGCAUAGAUAGUGAGUGUGCAUCUCUCUAUAUGUGUGUUUUUGACCAUAGAGACGACCCUCCAGCUCCUCCUGUUUCGUAGUUUAUAUGUUGAUUGACAGUGUUUAAGAUAGAUAGACAAAAACCCCUGACCUCUGACCUCUAGCCACAACAGAUUGACAGCAGGUUUAUAGAGCUGUCUGUCUGACCCUGACAUGGAGGGAUGACCCCCAGGUCAGCUGGAUGUGUGUCCCUUCCCCCUUACACACAGACAGGGUCAGGAAUCGUCUAGGGAAAUUUGAUGUUUUACUGACCGGAAAUCAAACUUAGAAAAUAUAUUUCUAUGGAAUCGUACCCUUGUCACAUGCGUGUGUAAAGAUCAACUGUGUGAGCCCACUGAGCAAAGCCUAAGCAUUAGCUCUGGCCGCUGUGUGUGUGUCAAGUGUGGGACUGACUACCCUCCAAUGAGCAGUCAUGACCUCGCCUUCCAUCACCAGGACAAGGCCACUCACCAAUGGGCACAUGUCCCCUUCUCGCCUGUCGUCCAAUCACAACAGUCCAGCAAGGUCACCGCGGAUGGACAGAGUGCAGCUAGUGAGAGAGAGAAGAGUCAGGAACUAGGAGAGUUUCUGCGUGAUAAAGAGCAGCAGCUGGAGCAUUCUUCGGAGGAACGAGGGAGAAGGAUGGAGAAGCAGAAAAAAAGAGAGCAGAGGAGGGCAGCAGUGGAGGAGAGGAGACAACAGCAGGAAGAGGAGGAGAAGGAGAGACUGGAGGCCUUGGUGAGAAGACGGGAGAGAGGGGGAGAGAGGGAGAGACAGAUGGGGGAGGGCAGCAGAGACUCUAUGGAGAACAGGCCUAAACGCUGGACCUGGGGAGGACCGCCUGGAGGGGGAGAGGGUCACCCUAAGACCCCGCCCUCUCAUGCUAUUGGCUCAGCUCUGCCUCAUCAUCCCGCCUCCGCUGCCAGCCCCAACCAAUCCAGGAACGUGUGUGACUUCCUGACACCGCCCUCCUCGGACCAGCCAAUCACCAAACGGCUCUCCAACUCUUCAGCCUCCCUGCACUCACCAGAUAGAGUGUGUGGUGUGUCCCCUCGUUUAGCGUCCCCAAGCCCCCAGCGGCCGGCCUACAAAGGUUCCCCCUCCAGGAAGACCAGUAAUGGGCCCCCGGAGGACAAGACCCCCAAAACACCCACAACAGAGAGAGGCCCCACCCCCUGUCUGACUGACUCUUCAAUGAGACGCCUUGAAUCUCCGACCACUCCGACCCGAAGCUCCUCCCCCAGAGCCCAGAGCAAAGGACUGGGCACGCCCAAAAGGGUGAGGUCAACUAAGAGUCGCGCCCAGUCCCCCUGCUCUCCGGGACAGUAUCCUCCCUCCCCCCUCCGCCAGCGAACCCCGGUAACUGAGGGCAACCAGGAGGCCAGGGGUCAUGGAACCCUAGAGAGGAAGUCCUCUAAGCUGGACGCACCAGAGAAGAAGACCUCCAAGUCCUCCAGCAGAGACCUUGCGGCAGAGUCUCCAGGUACGCCCACAGGCAGGAACGUUGCCGGGACAAUGGAUGCGGAGGAGGCUUCUAGACUGUUGGCUGAGAGGCGGCGUCUGGCCAGAAUACAGAAAGAACAGGAGGACAAACUACGACAGGAGGAGGAGAGGCUGAGAGCGGAGGAGGAGCAGAGGAGAGAGCAGGAGGCACAGGAGCGGCAGGCAAGAGAGGCACAACAAGCGGAGGAGGAGAGAGAGAGAUGGGAGGAGGAGAGGAAGACCAGAGAGGACGAGGAGAGAAGGACAAAGGAGAGACGUUGGAAAGACAUGCAGGAUCAGCUAGACCGAGAGAGAGAGGAGGCGUGUCUGCGUGCUUACAGGGAGACAGAGAGGAAGAGGCAGGAGAGAGAACUGUUGCAGAUACAGGAGGAGCAAGAGAGACUGCAGAGGAAGAAGCGGAUUGAGGAAAUCAUGAAGAGGACACGUAAGAGUGAGACGGACUCCUUAUGCCCAGGUGUGUGUGAGGUGAACGGGGGCCAGGCAGGACAUGUCAGGGAGUUGGAUCAGGACGAGUCCCCCAUCAUCACGCUGGGACCCCUGGAGAGUAAGAGCUGUGGAGGGGACGAGCUGUCUGACGGGGUACAGUCUAUGGACGUCAGUCCAGUGUCCAGGGAUGAGUUGGGUAGCGUUCAGGAGUUCUCUCCCAUCAGCGAGGGGUUAAACAGCAUGAGUAACACCCAUACCCUAGAGCACCUCCUGGAUCUCACCGCCCAGCCAGAAACGUCCCUUUACCCCAUGCUGCAGGCCGGCAGUGCUGCAGCCCUGGGAGACCUCAACAAGAACCUGCUGAUACAGGAUUAUAACCCCACCUCCUUCACUAGCUCUUCCCCAAGCUCCGCCCAACUUCUCCACAGCCUCAGCCCUGGCAAACUGGACAUCUAGUAACCAGGGCGUUGGGUAGAACAACUAGCUGUUGGGUGCAAAGAGGAGCUAGGAGCAGCAAGGGGGUCUCUCCUCUCCUCCUACUUCCCCCCAUCAGAGAGAGAUCAGCUCCUUGCACCUCCGCCCUCACCCCCUCUUUAGGGGAGAGACCCUCCCUAUGCACCCCCGGCUUCCACAGAGAACAUCAACCGCUCAAUGUAUGGCUCGCCCUCAUCUAUACAACUCAACCACAGGAGGCUGCUGAGGGGAGGACGGCUCAUAAUAAUGUCCGGGAACGGAAACAAAUGGAAUGGCAUCAAACACCUUGAAACCAUGUGCCUGACGUAUUCGAUACCAUUCCACUAAUUCCGCUCCAGUCAUUACCACGAGCCAUUCUCCCCAAUUAAGGUGCCACUAACCUCCUCAACACAUCUACUGCUGAAUUUCCCAUUCACACACACACACUGACAUGUACACACACGGUUAAUACUCUCCUGGUAAAGUAAAGCUUUUUCUCUGUGUCCUGGCUGUAUGAUAUUGUGCAUAAAGGUGUGUCAGUGUUGAGAGGAGGAUGAUGUAAUAGUAUGGUUGUGUUAUCCUCCUGUAGCAUUAAUUAUGCGGUUAACACUGACCAUGUGACCCUGUAGCAUCUUCACUAGAGAACACCUCUCCUCCUCCUGUAUAUACUAUAGUCACACAGCUGUUAACUAGCUCUAGGUAGAAAUUGCCCCUAACCACAGAUCUAGGAUCUUUCUAACCCUCAAUAACCUUAACUAUUGGGGAGAUUAAAAUAUAGUCUGACCCUGUAUCAGUGGUUAGUGGCAACAGUCGUUACAACGUCAGGUUGUAACGACUGUGUAUGGAGUUUCUGUCUGUCAGUGUUUCUAGUGGUGGAAGGUUAUAUCCCACCACCACUGAUGUGCUGCACUACUGUUUGCCAGGACUCAGGAGUCUAUUCGACUACUAUCGGUACUUAGAACUCAGCUAGCCAGUCUAGAUAUGUUAACCUCCCGCAACUGGAGAAACCUACUCAUCUACAGAUGUGGAUGAUAUAGUAAGACAAAAGUCUGGCCUCAGUUGAAAUGCUUUUGUCCACCACCACUCCAUAGUGGUGCAUCAAAACACAUGUGGAAGACUGGAGCAUCUCUGAAUAUAAUCUCUGCAAAAAGAAAUGAAAACUGUGAAUGGUGUUGUAUUUUUUAGCUAUUUACAGGGUUGGGGGAUAUUGAAAAGAUGUGGCGUGUGUUUUUGGCUCACUGUGUGUACGCUAGCUGUGGUGUAGUUAGUGUGCACUGUGUGGUCGUGUAACAGCUCUGAAAACACUAAUCUCUGCUCUGGAAACACUGCUCUCCUUAUCUUGUCUCUGCUCUGAACUGGACUGUUUAUGCUGCAACUACAAGUCAACCUACAGCUGGGGUCUCCACCUGCAGUCCUGGAGGGCUACUGCGUGUGCAGGCUUUCGUUCACACCUGAUUCCACUGAUUAUGGUUCAUACUGAAGACUGUGAUUAGUUGAAUCAAGUGGGUUUGGGACAGGGCUGAAACAAAAGCCUGCACACCCAGGCCAGUAGUUCUCUAGCUCCAAAGUUGGAGAACCCUGUCCUACAGUAUCUCACCAGUCUGUGUAUUCACUCAGUCAGUCAACUCUGUAACAGACUCUGAUGUGCAACAGCUAUAUUCACUAUGACUGUGGCUUUACCUCAUGGAGAUUUAUCUCACUACAGAGGACACUUCACAGUCUGCUGUCUAAUACUGCUGUGAAUUCUAUAAUCAUACAUUCUCCCUGUACUGUAACUGUCUUGUUCGGAUCUUACUGUAACACUUGCCUAUGCUUUGCUCUGGGGUAAGGUGUAUCUCAGCAUGUGCGCUCGCUCUCCUCGCUGUUUCAGUUCCCCCUGAAGGGCAGUGUAAGGUGUCAAUCAUUCCUCAUGACCCAGCUAACCUUGUAAGGGGGAACACUCUGAAUUGUGUGCAUUAAUGGCUGUAAUAAUGAUGCUGUAUCUCAAUUACUGGACUAGAGUAGGUAAAGACCUGGAAUGUCCACUUAUCUUUGCUGUCUUCAGUGCAUUGGACUCUUGAUUUAGUUCACAUGUAUUUCCGUCCAUCUCUCUUUCUAUACUCGUUCAUUAUCUCAUGCUUUCAGAGUCUGUUAACAUUCAUUGUAUCCUAAGGGAAAAUGUAGUUAACUUAAGAUUUAAGGUCAGAAUGUUAUUCACUAAAAGUCACUUAACACUGAUGUCACUGCAGCUUGGCGGAAUAUAUAACUGUAGAUGUGGUGCAUGGUUCUAACUGCUGAAAAACAACAAUAAAUUAUCAUCAAGCCA